AUGUCGCACUGCUAUGGCGUGGAGUUAGGCAAUUCCACUGGAUCUUUUCUGUACGUCAAUAUUGUAAACUACUUUAAGUGUUUACACCAAAACAGGGUUUUCUGUCCUUCCCACAAACCCGUUUAUUUUGUAGUUGCUAAUAAUGGUGAGGAUAGAUAUACGGCGUUGGACGCAAUGAAUGCUGCUGAGUCUGCGGGUUUUAGGACGAAGUCAAGUGAAAAGUUGUCGAAUUUUCGUUUCGGGAGUGCCACUGGCGGGGUGGACUGGGCUUCUUUACCAGCGGAGGAUCGGUCCAUCCUGGACUGUGAGAAUGGAUGGGGAGGUUCUGCUGGUUUGGAAAACGUGGGCAUGAGAUACGGUGCUGCACCAGUACACCGCGUAGCGUUUCCAGGAGCUGUCUGA